CGAGCUUCUAUUUAUGAUAAAAAGAUAAAGUGUAGAUACAGAAGUUGUAAGUAUUUCGUGCACAAAGAUUGUUUGAUUAAAAGAUCCAGAACACAUGAAGAAAAUUUCAAUUGGACUUGUAAGUUACAUUUAAAGUUAAUUAAUAUAUAUGUUGAGUCAGAUGAGAGUAAUGAAAACAUGGCAUUACCUCGUACGCCUGUGAAUAAUGAUAACAAUAAUGAACAAAGAGAAGUAGAGAUUCUUGAAGAUCCAGAAUAUGAGAUCCAGCAAAAUUUAGAAAACACUUUGAUUAGUCCUAAUAGUCAUGAUAAUAUUGCUGGCGAUAUCGAGGAAGAUUCUUUUCACGAUUUCGAUCAAUCUCAAAUUAUAAGAUCCACUUCUUUUGACCAAAAUAGUGAAUCUCGUAUAAUUAACAAUAACAACAAUCCACAAAACUCUAACACAAUAAAAAAUAUUGUAAAUAAUUCGUCUGUAGUUCCAAAUUUAUUAAGUUCCGGCAGAAAAGCUGCUAGUUUAUUUAAUAAUACACCAAAAAAACCUAUAAAAACUUGUAAUGUCUGUAAAAAAGAUGCCAGCCGGCAUGGAUUUGUAUGUUAUGGAUGCAAUAAAGUAUGUCAUCCUAUUUGUUUACUAGACGAAGAGGAAGAAGAAGCUGAUAGUCAAACAGACUCUUAUUUAUGUCUCAAAUGUAUGAAAAUCAUGCAAAAUAUAAAUAGUUCUUGUCGUAAAAGUCCAAAAAUAAAUAAUUUAAAUAAUUGUCCACCCACAUCCAGCAAUAAUAACUACAAUCACACUAAAUUUCAUCAUGAUUGUUAUCCAGAUGUUGCUUCCAAUAAAAAUUAUGAUAGAAAAGAUAUUCAGCACAAUAAUUGUUCUAGAAAUCAAAACGUUAAUGAGAAAAUCUCAUUUAAUAAUAAUUCUUUGGGAAAUAGUGAACUGGAGAUUUAUUUUAUUAAGCUUCAGUACCAAAAACUCCCUAUAGUCACUGAUUCUGAUCUGUCGUGGACUGUAUUCUACAGUUCCUUUGUUCGUACAAAAGGAUUAUUCGACCCAGAUGAGAAUGUCAUCAGAAUACAAGCUGCAAUAAAAGAUGAGACUGUUAAACGAAUCGGAGGUAAAGGUUUAUUCAACCCAAAGACUUAUGACAAAUGUAUUGAAGACGUUAAUAAAAGAUUAAAGCAUAAUAUUAAUUUCCUAUCUAAAGAAGCUGCAUUACUUGAAAAGCAUGGAAGAAUUAAAGCUGAAAAUAAGUUAAAAUUAGUUGAAUACAUAGAUCAAGUCAGAAAUUUCGCAACUUUAGCUAUUGCCUAUAAAGAUUUUUCAUAUUCUAGUAACAGACGAUUUUUAGCCAACAUAAUAAAUGUUGUGCCUACAUUUAUUCGAAAUAAAUGGGAAUCUAAACAAGCAGAAUUAGAGGAAAUUAAUAUAGUGCCAACGUUAAAACAUUUAAUCGAAAUUUUCGAAAAAGAACUACCAAGAAUAGAAGCCAGCAUUAGAAAUGACGAGCUUUUAACUGCUGAUAAAAGAUCAGACAUUAUUCAUAAUUCAAAACAUCAAAAGUCUAACGACAAAAGUCAUAGAUCUUAUUACUCAAAAGAAGAAGGUGAAAAUCCGUUUAUAGCGGAUGAAAAUACACUUGCCUCGAAAGAAAAUCUUUCUAAUAAUUCUACUAAAACGGUUUAUUGUUGGUUUCACAAACAAAAUGGUCAUUCAGGAAAUAGAUGUAAAGAUCUUUGGAAAUUAGACGGAAAAAUUGUAUCAGAAUUAGCAAAAAAUGCUAAAAUUUGUACUUGUUGUGGUCAGACACAACAUAAUCCAUGUACAUAUAACACUAAUUUAAAGUGUAGAAUAACUGGUUGCGAUAAAUUGCAUCAUUCGCUAUUUUGUUAUAAAAGAAAAGUCCCAGGUUCUCAAACAAAUGCAAAUAAUUACCAAAAUAAUAAUAAAAUUCCUUUUCUGAUGUUGGAGGAUACUUCUAGCGAAGAUGAAGAAAAAAUGACAACGAAAAAUCUAAAUACUAACAACUGUUACAAUAAUGAAGAAAAUUUGAACUAUGAAAUUGUUGAUAAUUUAAUUAAUAAUCAAUUUUAUACUAAUGUCCCUCAAGAAUUAAAAGAUCAUCUUAUCAAAAAUAAAAAUUACCAAAGAAAUUCUCACAUAAUUUCAGAUAUCAGCAACUUUGCACCAGUUGAAUUAAAAAUUAACAAAUCUAAAAUAGACACAGGACGUCAAACAUCCUUUAUUGAAAAAAAUGUGAAAACAUAUAAUGAUGCAUCAACACAAACGUCAGUAGAAGAAUUUGUAAAUUUAAAUGAUAAAUUCGAUUACAUUGAGAUCAAUUCAGAGUCUCAUAACAUUUUGCAUAAUUGCAAGCAAAAUGAAACUCGUUCUACUAAAUUUACUACAGAAUGGUCAUUAAAUCAGCUUAAUUUAGAUGUUAAGCAUGACACAAAUGAUAAAAUCAGCAAUAAUAAAAUUCAAUACUACGAUCAUGUCACUAAAUGCAUAAAAAAAUCAUUAAACACAAAAUUAAGACUAAGGAAAUUGACACGUAAAGUCACGUAUAAAUCACGAAAGAAGAAAAUAAAAUAUUUUCUUAGUAAUCCUUAUAUAAAUAAAACAAAGGUUCAUAAAACAAAGCAUAAAAACAUGCAUUAUUCUGACUCAAAACGACAUAGAAAGAAAGAAUCAAAUAACACAAGCAAUCGUACUAAUCACGAGUUUUCCAAACUAAUUUCGUUCAUUCCAGGAACCAAGAUGAAAGAGGAAUUAGUUGACGACAACGCCCUAAAAUCAACGUCGAAACAAAUGAGUCAUGUUCGAUUUAUUUCUGUACCUGACAGCUGGAGCGUGAAAGACUUUACUAAUGGAUUGAUGAAAUCUAUAAGAUGGAGUGAAAAGGACAUGGAGGCGAUCAAACUCAUACAUUUAGAACAUCUGAGAAACAAAAGAAUGCACAUUAGACUAAGCUUUCAUCACAGCUCAAUGUUACAUCAGCUGUUAAAUGCUGGAACGAAAACUCGAGACAAGAACAUUUAUAGUAUCUCAAUAAAUGGCGUGACCAUUUUAAUGGAGGCAAUGAACAAUUUCAAGGAACGAUUCAUGAUGUCAUCAACAAAGAAGGAAGCUUAUAAUGAAAAAACUAAAGUUCUGUUGUUAAAGUUCUUUAGAAAAGAUAGUUUUAAUGACAUUAUCAAUAUACUUAAUCAAACCAAAUUAAGUAAAUUAAUUUAUAUGAGCUUUAAAGGUUUAAACGCUUUCUUAAUGUUUAAAGAUUUAAAAGAAAGUGAAAAAUUUGCAAAAGACAUGAGUAAGAGUUUUUACAAUGUAAAAUAUUCAUACACAUAUUUGACUCUCGCUAAGUAUAAUCAUGCUGUAAAUGAAAACAGAAAUUUAGAAAUUCAAAUGCAAAAUCAUGUAGUCAAGAGAAAUAACUUAAAAAGGAAAAUUGUAAAAACACCCGAAAAAGAAUUAUGUAACGAAGAUAAAUCUCACAAAGAUUUACAGGAUAAGAUGAAUGAACUUUCCCACAAAUUAGAAGUGGUAGAAAAUAAUCAGAAUAGAUUAGAAGCGAAAAAUUUAGAUAUUAAUAAGCAAAUUCCUAAUUUGAUGUUGAACGCCAAUAUGAGUGCAUUUGAACGAAACAUGCAAAUGGGGUUUAUAGGUUACAGGUGUGUUGAACUCCACUUCAGUAGGUUUAUAGGUUACAGGUGUGUUGAACUUAACUUCGUUGCACUUCGUUACGUUCAACUGUUUAUAGAUCACAGGAGGUUUAUAGGUUACAGGUGUGUUGAACUUCACUUCGUUGCACUUCGUUACGUUCAACUGUUUAUAGAUUACAGUAGGUUUAUAGGUUACAGGUGUGUUGAACUUCACUUCGUUGCACUUCGUUACGUUCAACUGUUUAUAGAUUACAGUAGGUUCAUAGGUUACAGGUGUGUUGAACUCCACUUCGUUGCGCUUCGUUACGUUCAACUGUUUAUAGAUUACAUUAGGUUUAUAGGUUACAGGUGUGUUGAACUUCACUUCGUUGCACUUCGUUACGUUCAACUGUUUAUAGAUCACAGGAGGUUUAUAGGUUACAGGUGUGUUGAACUUCACUUCGUUGCACUUCGUUACGUUCAACUGUUUAUAGAUCACAGUAGGUUUAUAGGUUACAGGUGUGUUGAACUUCACUUCGUUGCACUUCGUUACGUUCAACUGUUUAUAGAUUACAUUAGGUUUAUAGGUUACAGGUGUGUUGAACUUCACUUCGCUGCACUUCGUUACGUUCAACUGUUUAUAGAUUACAGUAGGUUUAUAGGUUACAGGUGUGUUGAACUUCACUUCGUUGCACUUCGUUACGUUCAACUGUUUAUAGAUUACAGUAGGUUUAUAGGUUACAGGUGUGUUGAACUUCACUUCGUUGCACUUCGUUACGUUCAACUGUUUAUAGAUUACAGUAGGUUCAUAGGUUACAGGUGUGUUGAACUCCACUUCGUUGCACUUCGUUACAGUAGGUUUAUAGGUUACAGGUGUGUUGAACUUCACUUCGUUGCACUUCGUUACGUUCAACUGUUUAUAGAUCACAGUAGGUUUAUAGGUUACAGGUGUGUUGAACUUCACUUCGUUGCGUUCAACUGUUUAUAA